AACAACAACAACAACAACAACAACAACAACAACAACAACAACAACAACAACAACAACAUUAAUUCACUUGAACAAAAACUAUUGUGAUUUGUCAACACUAACAAACACAUGUAGACUUAACGUACCUAAUUCUUGGUUAAUGUCGUAUUUACUUCUAGCGAAUUCCAGUAGCGUGUCGUGGUAUUUGAAAGUAACUGUGGUUAUCGAUUGUGGAUCUGAAGAAAGCAUGGGAAGUGUGGUGGCUACUUUACCACGUUUUGGUGUCGCCAGCAAGGCAAUGGUUCAUUGCACAAUGUCUAGUGUUACUCAAGUUUAUUUACCGACCAUUACUCUGUUAGAUGAUGAACACAGAGUUAGGACGUGGUGGCCCAGAGGUUAUGGUAGCCAGCCACUUUAUGAUCUUACGGUAGGUCAGUAUGUUUUAUCAUGGUGUUCCAAAAUAGUUGACAGCUGUCGACAGUAUCAGGAAUUCCAAUAUAUACAAUGGGAUUUGGUUGUUUGAUGUCCUCAUGCAGUAUAUAUAGGAACUUGUUGUGUCCAAGUCAAAUCACGUGCUACAUGCAACAUGCAACAUGCAACAACAGUAAUGCAUGUUUGAAUGUCCUACCCGUGAAUCAGGAAAGUAGCAGCACUCUAAACCUCGGGUUAUUGGGAUAUUUGUGAGCCAUAUCUCGCGGGAUAUCCAAUCCACAUAUACGACGAGCUUAUGCAUGAUUGUGAUGUAGGCUUACUAAGCUAGGAAUGAAGCAAUGGCUUGUUUUCCUUAACAGUGUAUGCGUAAAUAGCUUAAAUAAUAAUUUGUAUGGAGUCUCGGUCGGGGAUUCCAGUAGCUCAGUGGGCUUCAGAGCGCUGGUACGUUCAUCCAGAGAUCUUGGGUUUGAUUCCUCGUUGGGACAUUGUAAGAUUAAUUUUCCAGCCGGUGAUUUGACUUCAUUUGAACACUUCAAGUAUACAAAGAGCUCUAACGUGAUGUACGUGCUAUUAUCAGGUAACUUACAAAGAUACUCAGACGUUUGAAAUUUCUACGAAAACAAUACGGAUUGGUUUCCGCGAAGUUAAGCUUGUUCAGGAACAGAUUACUGGAGGUAGUAUUUGUGAGGUAGUAUUUGUAUUUAUAUAAUAACGUUAAGAAUUCAAGCGCUUUCAUUGGUCGAGAGCCAUGAUCUAUUGGAGGACAGACGCACGGAAUUACGUCACACGUGAUGUAACUUAAGGUAGCCAAUAGCAUUCCCUUAUUUGUAUAGAUCAUGUACGCGUGAUAUUUGUAAAAUUUCGAUUUUUUCAAAUUUCCAAAUGUUUGGGUGGAUAAAAAGUUAUUAUAUAAAACAAAUAGAUAAGAUUUUGCCGUUGUCUGUUCAGUUAUGGCACAGAGUAGAUAAGACAUACAGAGACGUAACUGACACUGCUGAAGAUUACGUUAUCAUGUACCCACUUUUUUUCAGGCGACCGGGCGAAAAAUGAUCAACUGCGCGUGCUCAGCAAGUUUAAAGUGAGUCGUCAUCAGGUCGUCAUCCAAUCAGAUGCAUGCAUCUAGUAACUUGCCGAGCAUGCGCACGAAAAAAGUGGGUACACUAGUUACGUCUCUGUAUAGUGGAUACACACAGUAUGACAUCAUAAUAUAAUGUGGGAAACAUUAUGACGUCAUACUGUGUAUCUAUAACUGAACAGACCACGGCAAAUCUUAUCUAUUUGUUAAAGGGACCAUGUUUGUGGAAAUCCAACAAAGAAUGACAAUAUUUUUCUCCGAAUUUAGUACCAAUAUAGCCACCAUGUUAUGAACAGUAAGUUAGUGGAUUUUGUAAUAUCCGAAAUUAUCAAGGUCGAGGUAGGCAUGUUAUCAGUCGAAUCAAAGGCGAGACUGGUGGAUGACAUGCAACUACCAAGACCUUUAUAAUUCCGGAUAAUAACGGAUAUCAUAAUAAAACAGUUAUUGAAUUCGGUUUUUGUACAUUCUGUUGUCAUUAGACUCCUUCGACAAACAACGAUUUUUUCGCACAAAAAAGUUCUCAAAGAAGCAGUGAAACAGCAUAACAAUAUAACAAUAUCAGAAAACAGUAUAACAAUAUCAGAAAACAUCCGCACAACAGCAUAAAAUAUCAGAAAAUAUCAACACAACAGCAUAACAAUAUCAGAAAACUCAUUUAACUGCUACUAUAUGCCAAGAUAAGACGACUAUCGUAAUCCGUCUUGCAAGUAUAUAGUAAUUAUAAAAUGACGAAUAACACAUCCAUUUCUUCUUUGUAUAUUAAGGUCUCAGUUUCUAUUAUAAAGUUAACGAUGUUGCAAUAUUUAUGAAAGGUGCUAACUGGAUACCUGCAGGUUUGUAUGACUUACUGAUAAUUGUAUCAUAGGGGUACAACAUGUGACCAGGAUCGUAAAUGGUCCCUGUGAUGAUCGCUUCUUUGGGUUAUAGCUUCUUUGGGUUUACACUGUGUAUCUCAUCCCGGGUGAUUUGUUUUGGUGAGCAAGCCCGUUUGAAUAUCUCAUGUAAACACGGGUUAAUGCGAGCUAACCUACAUCCCUUAAAUACAAAUUAAACAUGUUACAUGUAUUUCUUAAUUAAAUGCAUAAUUUAUGAAUUAUUAAUAGCUGUGAGAAAGGUUAUGAAAUAUACAUGAAAUGUAAUACAUGUCUUUUGGAACUACCUGGGCGAAUGCCCUUUGUCGAGUGAAAGCCCUUUGUCUGGCAGUUGGCAGCCAAAUUUGGCCUACUGUAUAUACAUGUCCUUGUUGCAUUCUUAUUUAUUAGAGCCACAGACUCUUCUUAAACUUAUGUAUAAAAACGUACAACGUUGAAAGUUAACAGUAAUUCACAACAUUAUGAAACAUGCCCCCCCCCCACUUUUUCGGUGGAUAAUAAAAAAAUACCGGAUAAAAUCCAGCCUGCCUGCUUGGAAUAGCUCCCGUGCUAUCCUGCCCCCCUCACACUUUUAAACAGGCUCCGCGGUCCCUGGAAACUACAGUAUGUUUAUUGAAAAUUAUAUGCUAGCAAAAUUGCAUGCUUGCAAAAUUGCUUGCUAAUAAUAUUCAUCCCAAUUACCUUUUCGUUAUGGCGUUCACGCCAACCUCCGGCAGCAAUUUUCUUGCGAUGGUGACUUCUAGUUAUGAAAUUGUUUGUAUUCUAGAUGCAUUUGAAGAUCGUGUCACUGAUGACGUCAUACGCAACAUAUUACAGUCGUCUGCUGACGCGAACAUGAAUAUUGUCAGAAACUGGGGCGGGGGAAUAUAUCAACAUGACUCAUUUUACAGUAUUGCUGAUGAGCUGGGGUACGUAUCUAAACAAACCCAUUAUUAAUUUUUAUUAGGGCGCAGGAAGCGUUAGAACAUGAUGGCAGCAAAAUCCAAAAAUAAGAAUUCCUGCAUGUGUAAGUCAAAUAUAAAACUUCCUGCUGAUAGGUUGAUUUCAGAGAACGUAUUGUGCCGCGUAUUUUGAUAAACUUCAGUCUCAACCUCAUACCCAGGGCCUGCCCGCCCGAUUUUUUAAUAUGGCCGCCUUCAACUCGCGGCUAGCCCUGGGUACGAGGUCGCUUCAAUCUCGGCACAACACAAUCUCUUUUAAAAGAAAGAUAUUUUGUUAAACAUUUCCUGGCAGCGGUGCUGCUGGCGCUGCCGGACAUUUUCCAGCAGUGGUCUUUACAAACAAUUGUGGUUUGUGAAUACGUGGAUGAAAAAAGUACAGUCUCAACUGUUAAUGAACAAUAUUGACCACCUUGAUCCCUCCAUAUGUAUCGCCCUUCUGUAUUUUUAAUAAUUUAUCCACCGAGUGUAUUAGGAUCUCAUAACAUAAUUCAGGCCCAAGUCUCGAUCAGUAUUGAAGGGAAGCGUCUUGGGUGGCCUGUAUUAAGACCAUCUCUUAAGGUCUUUGACACAGGCUAGAUCUUGGGGUUGAUCUUGGAUGGAAAACGAUAUAAUUAGUUUUCGCAUGUUUAAUAUACGUGCUGCCCACGGUAAAAUUUUGUCAACUGAAGAUAUCAAUUUUGUUUAGUGAAUUCCCGAAACAGAAAAAAAAGAUUGAUAUCCGUGCUAACUCUUUUAUUUCAUUUAUUUAAUUUACUUAUAGUUUACUGAUAUGGCAAGAGUUUAUGUUUGCAUGUGAUUAUUAUCCUGCCGAUGAACAGUUUUUAGAUUCUGUACGGAAGGAAGUUACUCAUCAGGUAUUUUGACAUCCAUUGACAUUAUCCCAAGGUGUGUGGAUUUAUACGACCUCAGUACAUACAUUAUUCAGCUCACUCCCCAUCAGGGCUUUUCACUGACCGAUUACAUCAAGUAUUACGCUUACUUAUAUUACCUACUUGUCCUAGACUAUUUAUCUUUACAACAGUUGUGAUAUUACUUUCCUAUAUAACUAUGUUUAUUCUAGCCCACCCUAUUAACAUUCCCCGUUGGAGGAAACCGGAGCAUCCGGAGAAAACCCACGACCUUUACCAGAGCGUUGACAGACUCUUUUCGUGUGAGUCCGUAGCGAGAAUCGAACCCACGAUCUCAGAGGUGAAAGUCUGACGACUGUGCCACCGAAGCCCCCUCAAUUGCAAUUGGAUGAUUUAAUUUCAGAUUCAGCGAUUGCAGUACCAUCCUUCAGUCCUUAUUUGGAGUGGAAAUAAUGAGAUAGAAUCAAGUGUUUCUCAAAACUGGUAAUGGAGCUCUAAUCAGUUUAUGCCUGUUGCCAUCCAAAUCACAUUUUCAGAUAAUAUCAUUGAUUGGACCUCUGUUAUGAUGUUAAAACUGGUUACACUAACAAUUUUGCAAGCGAUUUUUCUUCUCCUGGUUGAUGUGUUUGAAUGAGUAACAUGCAAAUGAUUUAGAAAUAUUUUCUUCCGAAAAGCUAUUCUAUAAUUUUGUGUGCGAGUUCACUCUUCACUCAUUCGCAUCCGUCAGAAAGAGAAAAUCGCCGACAAAAUGCUAUAUUGUCAACCAGCCUAUAAAAUGGAUUCUUAAUAAAGGAAACAAAGCAUUUGAAUUAUAUAUGAAUAAAUUGGGUAGCGACAUGUUGUUUUACUAUAGCAAUUAUAAUUGGACAUUGACGGAUAUACAGUGUCGUAAGUCAUGUCCUACCUGCAUAAUGAGUGCAUAUUCGAAUUUGAUUACAAGACUUUUCUCAUAAUGACGUCAAACGUGGAAAAACAAUGUCCCACGGGACAGUGCAAGCAGGAUCGUACCCAGCCCCAAACGAGUGGGGGGAGGGGGCUAAUCGUCGAAUACACAGAAACAGUAGGAGAUCCGGGAGGGAUGGUCCCCCAGAAAAUGUUUCUAUUUUUAGGUUCUGUGAAACGCGAAUUCAUCUUUAAUUCAUAUGUCGUGUCCACCUCAGUAGUUCAGCUCGUACUCUGAGCCCUUGUUGUUUAUGCACGGUAACUCAAUUCUUGGUUACACAGACUCUUAAGCUAAGCCAUGAAUUCCUGGUAAGGAUUUGUAGGAAAAUGUUCCUUUCGCCUAUUCCCCCCCCCCCCCCCACCAGUUUCCCCUCAGUUUUGAAAGAAUUACAAAAUUGGUCCUGAACAAAAGUGGGGGAACCCUCAUUCCCCCCGUGGCUACGUCCCUGAGUGCAAUGCAAUGCAAGUCGUUGCCAAUCAAAUUUUAUGUAACAUCAUUUACAUAUUGCGAAUUCCCGGUAAAAAUUGUCCCGUGGGACAUCGCAAGUGUUUUUCCACGUUUUGCGUCAUUAUGAGAAAGGUAUAUUACUCAAAUUGGAAUAUGCGGGCCCGCUGAACAAGUAUACUCUCAUAGAAUACAUCUAGUUGUUUAAGUUUGCCAUUAUGCUGUAGUCUGCUUGUCGCACCGAAGCCUCCGUAAUGCAGACGCUGAUUCGCUCCAAGUCGCAAUUUAGCUACUGUAUUAAUUCUGACCAAUUUUAUCUGAACCCAAUUUAUUUUAGGUAUGGCGUAAAGAACCUCACGUUAUACAAAGAAAAUUACGUUAAGGUAAUUUCUUGUUUCAAAUUUCUUUUUGAUAAACAUUGAAUAUAAGUUCUUCCGUGUUCAAGAAACAAAUCCAACACGGGCCUAUAGCAACGGGCCAGAGGACCUAUAGCAACUGCUCCUAGUUAAAUCGCGCUCGAAUUUCCACCAACAAAAUCCAUUAAAUUUUUUGGACGUUUUGCAGUAAUCUACGUACAGGUAAAAAAUUCCUGCAGGUACCUAAUAACUACAUGCGUUAGUUAAUUUUACUAGUUAAAUUUCGUGGUUAUUUUAUUUAUCUUUGAAUUGGUAUUACCAGGAAUUUUCAGGAAUUUUGGUUGACGUCCUGAAUUAACCAGAUAGAUAUACAACCAGGCACCAUUUCCAGUUAGUAUAGCCCAUGCAAGACGAUUAAGUCGACACAACUGCAUAAACUAGUUUCCGUUUUGGAAACCUUACAGCCUGUUAUUGAUACAUUAAGAAACACUCUCGUAGAACUUAACAUUUGCCAUUCUUACUGCGAUUUGCCUUAAUAUUUUCCCAUCGUUACAUUAUAGAUACAACAAGAAACACUGUAGUGUUAUAGGGCUUAUUUUUCACCCUGCUCGGUUUCCUUUGUUCUUAUCGGAGAAUAUAUUCAAUAUUCCCCACUAAUCAAUUUCCGUUUGAUAAUCCCCUCUAAUAUUCACCUGCAAUUAAUAAUCCCCUCUAAUAUUCACCUGCAAUGUCUUUGCAGCACAAAAAAAUGAGAAAAAAAAACAACAUAACGAAGGCAAUAUGGCAUUAAGAAUUAUUUCUAUUCUGACUCAUUAACGCGACCUCGCAGUGUGAAAAAUAAGUACGUUAUUUUGAGGCACCUCGGGGAUAUGUGUUUAUUCACCUCGGCGCUACGCGCCUCGGUGAAUAAAUCACAUAUCCCCUCGUUGCCUCAAAAUAACCUAUACUUAAUGGUUCCCUUAGUCACAGCUUUUAUAUAGGCAGAAUUAGAAAAACUGUGAUAGGACUAAAUAUUUCACUUCCUUAUAGCUUUUUAUAGAUACAAUAAGAAGUACUGUGUUAGGACUUGAUAGCUCCCGUCCUUUUGUCUCCUCUUCACCGUCUGAUGGCGUACAGACAGAAAAAGAAGGAUGGAUUUCUAGUAAUCCAAACAGUGAUUUUUAUGGAGAUGGUAAGACAGUUCUGUAACUUAAAAAUUCUCCUGCUUGAGAAAGUUAAAAUUAUCAGCGGCAUGCUGAACUUUAUUGCCAGAAAAAAGCCGUCCAUGUUUUGAAUGCUGCAAAGUUGCAAACAACAGUCAAUCUUUUUGACGAGUAAAUAUAAAACAGAUAAAAUCAGGGGAUAAUAGUGUUAAAACCGAACGAAAUUCGUAUUUUAAAAAAUCCUCUAGACUGUGCGUGCAAAAUAAUGCAAUAUGAUGCUCAGUAUAGUAAAUUGAACCGUAUUGCAUGUAUACACAGUACUUGGUCAUUGUUACAGGACGACCCAGAAACGUUUGUUGGAUCGCGGAAAGAUAUAACUUUGGGGCCCUGGUGCUCCUUUUGAGAAAUGUAUUUUUCAUACUCUUGAACUUCUAAGGCAACCUGCAUUCUCGUCCCCAGAGCCAUUUUCGCUCGGCCACUCGUUGAAAAUUAGGCUCUCUAAAGAGAGAGAUCUGAUUGGCUUCUCAGAGAACUGUUAUUUCGCAGAAGUUGAGCAAUUUUCGCUAGGCAAAAUUAUUCUAUCAACAUUUGUUAACACAAAUACUUCGUUUCUUCGUAAUACUUCACUGUGAAAAUUGUUACGGGUGCUAAAGCGUUCCAAUUUAAGAGCAUGCGCUUUAGAAACUACUGCAAGUGUUCUUGCACUUCCGGUUCCGUGUGUCCUAGGGCCUUGGGAGGACGCGCACGGCCGAGAGGCCCUGGGGACGAGGCAAUCCGCUGAAUUUUGCGUUUAAGUGGCGUUCUCAAUCUACAUAAAUGCUCAGGUAUGUUAACCUUCCCCCUGAAAACCUAAGUAUUUAAGGUUCCAGGCAUGGCAAAUACCUGCAUGGCUGCAUUCUGGGAGACGAUUUGACAUUAAUAUCUAUGCAUCAUUUGUUUUUGGAUUUAGGUGGGAGUCAGCCCAGGGCAAAUUGUCUUGUUUGACCCUCCACCCCACCCCCCCUGGUCGUCGACAUUUAUGGUCGCAUUAACCAUAUUUGUAUGUACGUGCACUAUUUCCAGUUCAUUACUACAAUUACACAAUGGACUGUCUGGACAUCCGGGGAUAUCCUCAACCACGAUUUGCUUCAGAAUAUGGACUUCAAUCUUUGCCUCGGUUCCAGACUCUUUCUAGUGUGACCGUGAAGGAUGAUUGGUCAUACUUUAGUCCUAUCAUGAUGCACAGACAGCACCACGGCUCAGGUGAACAUGUCAGAUAUUAUUACAUUGAUGCUCUAAUGUCCAUACUUGUUUUGGCACCCCAGGGUAACUUUCUUCCCAUGAUUUGAGUUUCUAUUAUUGCAUGUGAUGUAAUUGGUAAAAGACGACACUUGAAUUUGGAUAUCAUUGGCGGAACGGGAAGAGCACAUCUCCCUUUGAAAUGCAAACAUUUGUUGUUUCUAAUAUUUUUGAAAAUGUUAUGAAUAAUAUUCAUGACAAGAUCAUUAUGUGUACAAAAGUCAAGGAAACACGGUGCAUUGAAGUGCAUUGAAGUGCAUUGCCUUAAGUGCCAAAAGGUGGAGGAAAUUCCACAAAUUCAAGUCCGUUUUUAUCAUAACAGCCUGACUGCCUGAGUGAUAAAAUUGAGCAAGGUUAAUUGUCUUAACAUGCAUCAUAAAAAAGAAUUUUACUGCCAUAUACCAUGACCAUAGAAAUUAUAGAUAUCUAUAAUUUCUAUGACAUUAACCGUGAAGCCCACUCUCAUCCAAAUUCUGUAAACCCUUCUGCAAAUCGUCAAAUGAAUGGUUCUUUUUUUAUGACCUCAGCAUGUUAUUUAUUUAAGGGAAUGAACAAAUGUUGAACCAGACCAAGAUGCAUUUUAAAAUUCCAAAUUCAGCAGAUCCUUUGAAACAUUUUAAAGACAUGUUAUAUCUCACUCAGGUAAAUUUGAAUUAUAAAGCUGAAAAAGUAUAUAUUAAAGUGAAAAUUUGAAUACAGUAAAAGCUCCCGCCCCGAACAAAAUCCUCCAAUUCAUGAGCCCGCCAAAUUUCUUACACUGGCAAUUCCGAAUAAAAACUAACUUAGUUAAGUAAACAGUAGCUAUAAUUGUAGUCUAUAAUUUUUCAAAUUCGGCUUUGCAGAUCAACGUUUUCUACAAACUCUCUGACAAAACAGCUUCCUCUCGAAACGUCUGAUAAAUGUUUGAAACUACUUAUAUAUCAACUCACUUGUGCUGAACUUGUUUUAAAGGCUUCUCAAGCAAUCUGUAUUAAAGCGGAAUCUGAGCACUACCGACGUCUGCGAAGUGUCAUGAAUGAGGUAUGUUGAAAACAGAGUUCGCGUGUUUUUUUGCCAAGAGUGUGUUCCAAUAUACACGUCAGCAGACCGCGUAUAAUCGCCCAUCAGAAACAUGUUAGUAACUGACUCGCACUCAGUCCACUCUAGAUUUUCUCAGCUCGCGCUGUCUUAUUGGGUAUGAGUUAUUAUUGGUAAGGCGAAAAAUUGAAAUUAACCAUUCUGACGUUAAUUAUCUACAAAGAAUUAAUACACGAUCUACUGGUUUCAUGCGGAAUUGCAUGUUUGUGUGGAAAAUACUUUUUUCUAUGAAGAGUAAUUUGACGUUAAUCGUUUGUAAGAGGGCCAUGUUUUAUCAGGCGACCAUGUAGUCAUAGUCCCAAUGAAAGUUCUUGUUAUGCUGCAUCUGAUGUUUUGCUCUAAUUUGUUUUCUGCCUUUCAUAUAGGGUCGUGGUCAUACCAUGGGGGCUAUUUAUUGGCAGUGAGUAGACGAUGUUUAGUUGGUGAUUUUACAAAAUGUAUACAAUCUUAAUUUGUAUGCUAGCAUAAGAGGAUAUAGAAGUUUAAAUACUUCCUAAAACUAUUUGCAUGAGAAAGAUCCGGGUGCUUCCCACAAUAAAAAUUAUUAUGUGUAAUGUUGAUUAACCUUACGUGGCAUGAAACAUUUUUGCUCAUUGAUAAAAUUGUCUGAAUUUAUAAAGAGUGCAUGUGCACAAUGCCGAAAUAGCCAUGUCCUUCGUAGUCGCGCCGACGGCCAGCAGAUGGUCCUAAGACUGAACUGUAUGUGAUCCACCGUCUGACAGCUUCGUUAGUUCGAAGUGUUAGGGAUCUUUGUUUCCUUCAGGCUUCAGGCUAGUCGUCGGAAGAACCUCCUCACGUGUCGUGUCCUCGCUGCUAUGCCUUAAUUUCCCAUGUAUUUUUUAUGUGACUUUUUUCUUUUCUAUAAAUGCAUGUGUCUGCGCCAUCAUUAAACGGACAUGUCUUAAGUCCUGAAGAUUCUGUAUUGCCCGAUGUGGAAUUGUUCUCUCUGUUCUCACAAGCAAUAGUUGUAAUUCCUUUCGCGUCAGGGGCCAAGUUUCUACCAUGCAAUAUUUUUAUAUGACGAUUGAUUGAUUAAUUGAUUGAUUGAUUGAUUGAUUAUGGCAGGUUGAACAGUAUUUGGCCAGCGCCAACUUGGUCAUCGUUAGAAUAUGGAGGAAGAUGGAAGGUAUAUCUUAAUAACUUGCUGCAAAUUUAGAACUAGCUCUUCAAACUCCUCUUGGGAGACAGAUGAUAAUUAAGUAAAAAAAUUGAGCAAAAAGUUAUUCCCCCAAUAUUUCGCGAAGUGUCCGCAACAGAGGCAUUGUGUGAUGCUGUCUUAAUGAAAAAACUCUGUCGUGGUCCAUUUCCGUAAAAUAGGUAUUCAAUUAAAAACAGCCAAUUGAUAUUUUUUAGAUGUUGCACUACUACGCAAAAGAUUUCUUUUCACCAAUUAUUAUUUCACCGUUUGAGUUCAAUAACACCUUGUACAUCUUUGCUGUGUCUGAUUUACUCCAGGUGAGUUGUAUAAAUUAUAUAGUAUAACAAGUUGUUGUAACAAUUUCUAACAGGUCUUUUGAAUCAUGAAUAUUGUAGCAAUUAAGUUGUUAACAAGCACCCUCACACUUGCCAGAAAGUCAAAAGAAUAAGUGUCUCGCAGGGCCGCAGGCACAGAAUAGGAAGUUAUACCAGAAGCGUAACUCUAGUCGUUUCCCUUUAUUGUUUGACGUCCACGAAAAUUUUAACUCGCUCACGUCAGGCCACGCCAUCCUGGCUAGUACAGCCGGAAGUUUUUAUCAGGAUUUGGUAGGUACAAAGUGCUGGUUGUACUAGCCAGGAUGGCGUGAUUGAUGACGAAUCGCUUGUAAAAACGCGGACAAAUAUUUGCUCGAGUUACGCUUCUGGUAUAACUUCCUAUUCUGUGGCCGCAGGUUCGAUUCCUGCCAGGGUGCCAAUAGUUGCAUUUUUCGCAACUGCUCUUGGUUAGGUCUAAUAAAUGUAUAAAAAUUCCACUCGGAAUUUCCAUCUACAAAAUCCCUUAUAUACACAUUCUGAUAUGGAUUGCAGGGGUUCGUAUGUACCCAAUCUUCAUUCUGAGUGACACGCAGGUGAACGUGCUCGAGACCGCCAUGUAGUACAUGUAGUGUGCUUAUAAUACACAUUCUGAUAUGGAUUGCAGGGGUUCGUAUGUACCCAAUCUUCAUUCUGAGUGACACGCAGGUGAACGUGCUCGAGACCGCCAUGUAGUACAUGUAGUGUGCUUAUAAUACACAUUCUGAUAUGGAUUGCAGGGGUUCGUAUGUACCCAAUCUUCAUUCUGAGUGACACGCAGGUGAACGUGCUCGAGACCGCCAUGUAGUACAUGUAGUGUGCUUAUAAUACACAUUCUGAUAUGGAUUGCAGGGGUUCGUAUGUACCCAAUCUUCAUUCUGAGUGACACGCAGGUGAACGGGCUCGAGACCGCCAUGUAGUACAUGUAGUGUGCUUAUAAUACACAUUCUGAUAUGGAUUGCAGGGGUUCGUAUGUACCCAAUCUUCAUUCUGAGUGACACGCAGGUGAACGUGCUCGAGACCGCCAUGUAGUACAUGUAGUGUGCUUAUAAUUUCCCAGUUACAAACACUCUCUGCUAAUUAUUAUCGAGGCGGAAAUAAAAAUUUAGCCACACGUUCUUAUUGCAAACAUCGUCCUUAGAUCUUUCUACCAAAUUUUUCUCUUUCUAUUGAAGAAUGUUGAACUAAAGCUAACAAUCAACAUUUGGUCGUGGCAAAUGAUUGAUGACCCAGUCACGACUAUCACAAUGUGGACUAAAGUACCAGCACAAUCGUCUGUAAGUAGAAGCACAUGAAUAAUGUCGCAUAUUAAAGAAACGUUUGUGGAGGAUGCGGGCAUCGAUCACGCUACCUCGCACAUGCUAAGCGCGUGCUCUACCAUUUGAGUUAAUCCCCCAUCACUUGUCUCCACAAGAUUAUAAUCUAAUUUUUCCCAAUUUGUAUAUUUUCACAAUUUUUAUUUUUAUGUUGGAGUAUUUGAGGAGAAACAUAGGGAGGGAAGAAACCCGGAAAAGCCGAUCAAUGUUCUCUUUAAUUCACUUGAUGUUUUCCUACUAUGAUUAAAAUAUGAGCUGGGACACCUAAAUAUACAACAUACCACAAACAUGAUUUAUGGAAGAUGCGGGCAUUGAGCUAAUCCCCUUUUCCUAUAUACAAGGUGUCUAAAAAAAAACGCUAUGGAAAUUCAACAGGCUGUUGUCAAUGUGCAUCAAACAAUUCAAUUUUCACAUAUAUGACGAAAGAGCUGUUAUUUAGCUUUUCUAUGAUAUAUUUUCUAAACCGUAAAGAUGAGAAAUGGCCAUAUACUCGUUAAAUAAAAAUUUUCGGUCGAAAUCACAUUCUUCCACCGUUGGGAAUUGAAAAUACAUUAAUUAUACAAAGUUAAUCAAUCCAAAAGCACCGCGAGUCUGCUGCAAGGUACUUGUUUCGUAAAACGUCGUGAUUACGAAUGUUCUCUGUUUAGGGGUUAAUUGAACCAUGUUUAAUGCAAUAAUGGACGUUCUUAUGAUCUCACUAAGACGAAGAUUAACGAGUUGAGCUUGUUUGAGAUAAUUUAACAUUGAGUUUUGAUUCCCUCUUGGGAAUUGUUUGUUUCGUUUUCCAUGCAAUUCCCAACGGUGGAAGAAUGUGAUUUCGACCGGCAAUUUUUAUUUGACGAGUAUGUGGCCAUUUCUCAUCGUUACGAUCAUCGUUAGUAUCGUUAGUAUCAUUCAAAAGCUAACUAACUGUUCUUUCGUCCUAUGUAAAAAUUGAAUUGUUAAGCUACGUUUAUGAUGCACGACAGCCUGUUGAAUUUCCAUAGCGGUUUUUUUUAGACACCCUGUAUAUAGAAAGUAGUAGAAUGUCUAUUUUUAUGCUUCUUGGUCACAAACCUAUAUAAUACAACAGUGAAUUAAAAAAACUUACUUCAUGGAUAUUUUCAGUAGCAAUAAGCCAUCAUUUGUAACAAGAUUGUUUUGUUUCUCAUUUACGUAGGUUAAAGUAUGGCAAAAAGACAUAGAUAAUUUAUUCAAAUUAAGUAGCUGUAAAGACCGAAGUCAUUGUGUAGUAACAUUCUCCAGUGUUCCUGACGGAGAAAUUGACACACCUGACAUCCCGACUAACGUGUUCUAUUUUACUUCGCUUGCAGAUGCACAGUUGCUUAAUCCAAAUAUUCAGGUAUUAUUUGGAUUUUUUUUCGUGGUUAAACCCAUUUCCACAUAGCCUGCAUGGGUAAUCUUCACAAGGCGAAAUUUUCCGCGCGAAGUGAAUCGAAGAAGAAUAAAUUUAGCAUUGCGUAGACCAGCAUACAAUCUCUCGAUAAACUACUUCUGAUGUGGUCUUGCUGAUUAAUCUUGUACAGCAAAUGCCUCUGAUUUUGUAAAUGGAUCAAAUGUAUUUGUUGCCCCCCUGGGGGUCGUAGGAAGUGGUCCUGCAAAGUCCAUGUGCCAUUACUGGAAUUGUCGGGCAGGAACCGGAAGCUGUCCUGUGGGCUAACGAUCAGGAACUGUCGGACAUUUCCUUCGUAAACAGGUUUCGCCCGUCGAUGCAUUGUCCGAAUAUCCUCAUCUGACUGUUGAAGGUUAAUGAGUGCAGAUUCGGUCCACAAUGCUUCCAACGUUAUAGCACCAACAGGGGCUCUUGAUAACGCGUCAGCCACCACCAUGAAUCUCCCUGGCCGGUGUUGAGUUUGGAAAUCAAGGUUAUCCAAUGCCACACGCCAUCGCGACAGUUUGCCUCGCGGUUUCUUUAAUUGCAUGAGGUAUGUCAACGGCUUGUGAUCAGUGAUUAUAUUAAAGUGGAAACCUUCCAGGUACAUCGCAAACUUCUCCAAUGCCCAUACGACGCCAAGCCAUGCUUUUUCCGGCGUAGUUCCUCUCCGUGGCUGACUCGAGAGACAUACUCAAUGACAUGUCCUCGUUGGCUCAGUAUAGCACCCAACCCAAUAUCACUGGCGUCCGUUUCUACAACAAAGCGUUGCGAGAAAUCCGGAUACGUGAGUAUAGGCGAUGCUACCAAGUGCCCUUGCAAUUUUUGAAGCAGAAAUCCAAUCGAAAACCACUUGUUUCUGAGUAAUGGUAUGAAGUGGGGCAGUAAUAUCAGCAAACCUGUCAAUGAAUCUGCGAUAAUACAAUGUCAUUCCAAGAAACCGACGUACCUCGGCGACAGAUUGCGAUCUUGGAUAGUUCUGGAUUGCACUCACCUUCGCUGGGUCUGGCACAACGCCCUUACUUCCGACCAGAUGACCCAGAUACUUCACUUCCUGAUGACCGAACGCACACUUGUCUGGAUAGAAUCCAGCAGUGUGGAACUUGAUAAAGACCAUUUCCAAAUGCUCCAGAUGCUCUUCGAAACUUCGCGAGUACACUAUGAUAUCAUCGAGGUAUAUAAGAACAAUCUGCCAAUUUAGAUCACCCAGGACAGCAGUCAUACGUUGCUGGCGCAUCUUUCAAUCUAAAUGGCAUUGUAUGUAUUGAACUCAAACAGUCCCUUGUGACAAGUGAAUGCCGCCUUCGGUUUGUCAUCUUCUCUCACCGGAACCUGCCAGAACUAUUUAGUAAGAUCGAUCGUCCUGAAGAUCUUAGCGCCACGUAAGGCUCGAAGACUGUGGUCAAUGCGUGGAACUGGAAACGAAUCUCCUACGGUUACGUCAUUAAAUUGACGAUAGUCGUACUGCCGUCUUCCUUCUUAACUAACACCAGGGGGCUAGCCCAUGGGUUUUUGCUAGGUCGAAUCACUCCAGUAUCCAAUCCUUCGUCUACAAAACGCUCAACCACGUUCCCAAGGCUAAGCCCUGGGAACGAGGUUGCAAAACGCUCUACUUCCUGAAGGCAAUUAUAUGGAACCCUUCGAGGCUGCUGAUGAACGGGAGUUGCGUCCUGAGUUGGAAUUGUAUGCUCCAUAAUCGAAGUACGACCCAGUUAUAGCGAAGAGCUCUCCAUGGUCAUGUGGUUUCUCGUUCAACCGGUGUUUCUCGUUGGCUGUUAAAUCUGCAGCGUUGGCCAAUCGCCGUGCAAUUGCAUCACGUUUGAUGGCUACUUCCUCUUUCUUCGACUUAGCAGUCUCCAACUUUUCACGUGACAACUGUCCAACAACAACAGCAUCCUCAACCACGGUCGAGAAAGUUCCUACGCACGUUCCCUUUUGUACUCUACACACUUCCGUACUUAGUUUACCAUAUGCAUAAGAACACGUCCAUCGUACCGAACUGUAUCCAAAACACGAUCACACCUCAAGUCCCAACCAUGAUUGGCUUACCAGGAUCAAUGCGGCCUUCGACCGUUCCUUCAAAAACAAACAUAGAACGUCCAGGUACUUCAACCUUUCUUGUAGCGUAAAUCCUUCCCAGACGUUGUCACAGGUUGGUUGUGUAGGUCCGUUUUUAGUGUUUUUGAUCUGCAUCUUUGCGGGAAACAAAUCCAUUCCAAUAAUCGCAGGUAAUAUACAAUCUUAACGAUGGUAAAACGGUGCUGCUUUAUUAUCUGACCCCCAACGUUGCAGACUGUAUAAGGUCACACACGGUGUUCAUAGUAGACCCAUCAACUGUAUGUGGAAUAUACUUUGCUUGUGCUCUUUGCUCCUCGCCUGUAGUUGCGUGCAAAAGGGAUGCAUUUGUAAUACUGCGAACACUCAUUUUCUUAAUCUCAGUAAAAAGGCAAAUGAUUGACUGAAUGACUAAGUGGCUGCCGAAAUCAUGGGGUCAUUCUCGUUCUGCAAUUAAGACAUUCAUCAGAUUCAUGUGAAUAUAGAAUCAGUUAUUAACGCUAUGAGGCCGAUUGUAUACGAAGGCCAGAUAUAGCGAUCCAUGCACUGGAGGGUAAUAGAGGAAAGGGAAGCAGAUUAGGUCGGGAUAGAUUAAUUUAUAAAUACUAGAGUUUAAUCUGCAUGGUUAUAGCAGUCAACGCACUUAUGGUUUAAAUUUGAAUUGAAAAUUUAAACGCUAUCCAGCCUUCAACCGGCACCUACAACCUUGGACAUAACUGGUUGAGACUAUUUUCCCCCAAUAGAAAAUUCGCAUAUUUUUAUGAUAAACUCCAUGUUGAAUCAUGUUGCCCUUCUUAAUGAGUUUGUGUCAUGGUAUAUUACCAAAGGUUGUUUCGGCGUUGUUUACAACAUUGAACUGGGGGGAGGGAGACAAAGUUUGUUUUGUCAAUGUUCAAUAACUUUGUGAUAUUCUUGGGUUUCACUACGGCAUUAUGCAGUGAUCAUGAAUCUGACGGGGGUCAACCUCAAAUAUGUUGAUGCUUAUGUUAUACUGGAGUGAGAAAAUGAUACGAAAUUCACGUAUUUGCUACCAAACACAAGGCUAAUACAUAAAACGAACAAUCGACUCACUCUGACAACUGUGUUUUGUUUUAGAGUUGACCCCCCGUCACUUUUGUGACGUCAUAUACCCAAGAAUUGGCUGGAAUGGUCUCAAGGGUUUUGUCCAAGAUUGUAGCCGUGGGUUUUCUCCGGAUACCCGGUUUUCUUCGUGUGGGAAUGUUGACAGAGUGGGUUAGGAUAUACACAGCAGUGACCACAUCGGCAUUUGCAUGCAGCUGCAGCGAAAUACAUAUCGGUAAGGGAAAAUGAUGUUUCGUAAUUGUUUGUUUCCAUUUCCAGAUAUUGAAUAUUUCGUUAAUUCCGUUUAACGAAUUUCUGAUCACGCUUAAGUCCACCGCACUCGCACCAUUUGUUUGGUUGGAGAGUGGAGAUAUACCUGGACGCUUUUCUGACAAUGGAUUUCUGAUUACACAACAGUUUACACAGGUAAAUAGUUGAUUUUAUGCCUGAACAAAAGUUUAUCAUGCACAAGGAUUGCCACUGCUACCAAGAUAUACUUAUAGUCUUUUUGAGAACGAGGCAUUAAUACUUCAAGAUAUAGAAACAAAGUAACGCGUUGUAACUUUCUAUUUAUGCAAUGUUGGGCUUUUUAGAACCAUGCAUUCAAUUGACGAGAAAGAGCAAUUAAAUGUGUUAAGAACCACUGACAACCUAUGGAUACGCAUAUUGAUUUCCACCUAUGGAUACGCAUAUUGAUUUCACAUCAAGGGACAAUUGCAAAUUUGAUACUUUUCACUGUAGUCUGUACUGAGCAGCCUGGAGCUCCUCGACCACCUGUAUACUGACUAUACUAUUCGACGCAGCUACAUGCCAGUGGUUUUAAUUUAUUCGAAAUAUAUGGUUUAAUUUAUUCCAAUCAAUCUAUAAUCCUUUACCAAGCAGACAAUUUCGCAACAUAUAUAAGAUGAAACCCACUCCAAAUAUUAACAUCUUGUAAACUCAUUAGUCGAGCUAUUCAAACAAGAUAAUAAAAUUCAAGGUAUACUGAAUUUUGUUUAACUAGAAUCUUGAGUUUACAAGAUGUUAAUAUUCGGAAUGGUUUUUAAAUCAAUCUGUUACACUUCUUUUUCAGAUUGUUUUUUACUGUUGGCAACCAUCAAUCUCCGUGGAUGAUCUGAAGCAAGCUCUUACUGUUUCAUCUUUAUAUGAUGUCUACACCGAGCCCGAAUUUACCGAUACAGUAUCCGUACGGAACUAGAUAAAAACACAAUGCAAAUCUAACCAGUGAUUAUAGAUCGUCCUGUAAAUUGCCAUUCGAAUCGCUUUGGUUGAAUAUCUACAAUUGAUCAACAUUUUUCUUUUCUAUGGAAAUGAAAAAUGUUAAUUAACGAAUUUAGAGAAGACGAAUUCAGUGUGUUACGAUCAAAAGAAUUCUAAAUCGAGAUUCAAAUGGUUAUCUUUCAUAUCAGUAGAAAUGAUAAUUUAUCAGGAAAAUAAUAAUUGUAAAAUUGUAAAUUGAAAAUUAAAAAACAACACAUUAAAAGUCGCGAGAGAAUGUAUUACGUGACAUAGCUAGCGCUGAUACAAUAACAAUUCCGCUAAUUGGUAACUUGGAGGCAAGAUUGCAGGGCUAGCUGUAGAGGCGUGGCUUUAAUAGAGGGCCAUCUUUGUCAAAAUUCCAUAUCGAUUUGAGCCCCCAUAUAAGGAGUUUGAGCCCCCAUAUAUUUUGCAGUGUCCAUUAUGUUAACCAAGAAAAUUCUUUCAACUUCUUUGAAAUUGUAGUCUUUCAGUCAUUUCCAACAAUGACGAUUUGGGGAAUUGACUCUACAGUCUCUACAUAAACUUGAU